UUGGCGCAAGAAGAAGCCGCAUUCCAGUCAACAAUCAUCAGAAAAUUAUUAUUUGUGACAAAAUCUAGAUAAUUCUCUUCGAUUCUCUUCAAAAUAAUACCUUACAAUUAGUUUGAUAUGUUCUGUUAUCACUGUCCACUGACUGUAUCUCCUGCAACUGUUGGAUCUCGACCCGCGCCCAUCCCUUUCUCUCUGUAUUCAGCUGUCUCUCCUUAUAAUAGCUACAGUUAUCAAAGUGAUUUACACGACGACACCUUCGUUCGAAGGAAACAGAGAAGGAACAGAACUACCUUCACUGUACAACAGUUAGAAGAAUUGGAGAAGGCCUUCUCUCAGACGCAUUAUCCCGAUGUAUUCACUAGAGAAGAUCUGGCUAUGAAAAUUAAUCUUACGGAAGCUCGAGUUCAAGUUUGGUUUCAAAAUCGUAGAGCAAAAUGGAGAAAAGCAGAAAGGUUGAGAAAAGAAAGAGAAUCGAAAUCUGGAGGAGGAACUUCGGAUAAUAAUGCAGAUAACGAAUCAACGGGUCAGGCUUGUUCGACGAUAGAAAAAGUGACCGAUUCUGUUGACGACGAUGAUGACGAUGAUGAUGAUAUCACGGCAGAAGCUAAAGAAGAUUCGCAGAAACCGAACGAUGAUGAAGAACAAGUGAAUACGGAUACGGAAACGGGAAGAAGUGACUCAACUGGCGAUAAAACGGAUGCGUGUCGUGUUCCAGGAUUAAGUGGGGAUAGCAUAUUGAACAGGUGCUCAGCCGGAUCCAGUGUUAAUAUAUCGGAAUCUGGUUUUCUUAAAGAUGCUACGUCUUCCUGUUUGGAUUCGGGAUUUUCCUUAAGAACAUCAUCUCUCUUUCCGAGUUUCGCUAGCAGCUCACUGAAUAGCCAAUCGUGUCUAGAUGCCGCAUCUACGACACAUCCCCGUUUUCCUCUACCUCCUCUUUAUUUUCCUCAUCAUCUGGGUCAUCAGUUUGGACCACCGACUUUUCCUAUAAAAGCAUUCUCAAUGUGUACCUGCUGCAUUUCUAAACCUUUAUCGCAAUGCUCAACUUCUCAUAACUUGGUAUGUUCACGAGAUCCGACAACGUCAAGUGUCACAGAUCUUCGACGAAAGGCGCGAGAGCAUUCUCAGGCCGUCCUUCAAUCAGCGGUCGUCAAUCCAACAGACAUUUAAAAAAAAAAAGAAGAAGAAGAAACAGAAGAAGAAGAAGAAGAAACAGAAGAAAAAGGCGAAGAGAAUAUAAAAAAUACAUUCGAUAAAACCGGAAGUACAAUCGAGCUGGCUGCCACAAUAACAAUUCAUCCUUGUUUCAAUGGUUUUAUCCGGUAGGAAGAUUGAAAUAUUAGUGUAUAUAGUGUAGAUGUGUGUUAUGUAUUCAAGUGUAAUUAAAUGGAUGUAAACCUCCAUGUUAGCUGCUGUAUAUGAGCGCAACUUG